CUCUCUCUCUCUCUCUGCUAUAAAUCCCUUGUUUCUGAAAGCCAAAACUGGAAAACCACACAACAAAAAAACCUUUUUGAAUCUUAGUUAUGGAAUUGCUAACCCUAACAGUCUCAGUUCUACUAGCUAUGUCAUUUCUGUCGGCACCAUGUGCUUCCGACCAACUCAAUCUCAACAAACAAGAUGAUCAUGCAAUGUUUGCUCAGCCUCUAUUGCCAAGAAAGCUCAUGAAUCUCAAUCAUGAAAUAGCGAAGAGCGCUUCGUCUGAGGGAGAUUUAGCCGUGCACGGUGAAUUUCCACAAGCUUCAUCAGGUACCAAACAACAUGAAAAAGAAGAAAAUUUUAUAAAUGCAAAAGAAGAAGAUGAUGAUGAAGAAGAAGGUUCCAACAAAUCGGAAUAUUUUACAAUGGAUUAUAGGUGGGUCAGAAGAAGGCGUCCCAUACAUAACAAGCAAAUCCCAUUUGUCCCAUAAAACAUGGGUUUUUGCUACUAAUUUAGGGAGGCAUUUGAGCCAAUUUUGAUGGACAAUUACAAAUUCUCAACUAGAUAAAAAAAAUAAUUAAUGUGUAGUUUUGUACUUUGUAUCUUUCUUAAGAUUAGUUAUGUGUAUGGUUAAGUAUAUUAAGGAAGAGAAUGAGGGAAUUAUGUCUCGUUUUGUGGCCGACAAUUUUGUAACAAAUUAUAUAUGGUGUAAUAAUCUAGGAGUUUAUUACUAUCA